AUGCCCCAUCUCCUGCCCCUCCUCCUGCCCUUCCUCCUGCCUCAUUUACCCGUCCUCCUGCACCUCCUCCUGCCCGCAUCUCCUGCCUCAUCUCCUGCCUUUCCUCCUGCGCCUCUCCUGCCCUCCUCUCACCCCUCCUCCUGCCUCAUCUCCUUCCCUUCCUCCUGUCUCAUCUCCUGCCCCUCCCACUACCUCAUCUCCUACCCGUUCCGUGGCCCGUCUCCUGCCUUAUCUCCUGCCCUUCCUCCUGCACCUCCUCCUGCCCCUCCUCUCACCCCUCCUCCUGCCUCAUCUCCUCCCCUUCCUCCUGCCUCAUCUCCUGCCCCUCCUCCUGCUUCAUCUCCUGCUUCCACCUCCUUCCCCGUUCCGUGGCCCGUCCCAUUCCCCAUCUCCUGCCCCCAUCUCCUGCCCUUCCUCCUGCUCCCCAUCUCUCUGCCCCCAUCUCCUGCCUCAUCUCCUGCCUUUCCUCCUGCCCCUCCUCUCACCCCCCCUCCUCCUGCCUCAUCUCCUCCCCCUUCCUCCUGCCCUCAUCUCCUGCCCUCCCCUACCUCAUCUCCUACCCGUUCCGUGGCCCGUCUCCUGCCUUAUCUCCUGCCCUUCCUCCUGCACCACCUCCUGCCCCUCCUCUCACCCCUCCUCCUGCCUCAUCUCCUGCCCUAA